CCCGGCCCCGGCCCCAUGGACCUCCGAGCAGGGGACUCGUGGGGGAUGAUAGCUUGCCUGUGCACCGUGCUCUGGCACCUCCCCGCAGUGCCAGCCCUCAAUCGCACAGGGGACCCAGGGCCUGGUCCCUCCAUCCAGAAAACCUAUGACCUCACCCGAUACCUGGAGCACCAACUCCGCAGCUUGGCUGGGACCUACCUGAACUACCUGGGCCCCCCUUUCAACGAGCCUGACUUCAAUCCACCUCGGCUGGGGGCAGAGACUCUGCCCAGGGCCACUGUCAACUUGGAAGUGUGGCGAAGCCUCAAUGACAAACUGCGGCUGACCCAGAACUACGAGGCCUACAGCCACCUUCUGUGUCACUUGCGCGGCCUCAACCGCCAGGCUGCUGCUGCCGAGCUGCGCCGCAGCCUGGCCCACUUCUGCACCAGCCUCCAGGGCCUGCUGGGCAGCAUUGCGGGUGUCAUGGCGGCUCUGGGCUACCCACUGCCCCAGCCUCUGCCUGGGACUGAGCCCACCUGGGCCCCUGGCCCUGCCCACAGUGACUUCCUCCAGAAGAUGGACGACUUCUGGCUGCUGAAGGAGCUGCAGACCUGGCUGUGGCGCUCAGCCAAGGACUUCAACCGGCUCAAAAAGAAGAUGCAGCCUCCAGCAGCUGCAGUCACCCUGCACCUGGAGGCCCAUGGCUUCUGA